CGGAAAAAGUCCACGUCCGCCCCCCCGCGUUUUCCCUUCUCCCCCACCUCCCCAACCCCAACCCACUCUACCCAGUCUUUCUUUCUUUCUUUCCUACCAAGAACACCUCCAAUCCCACACCAGUCCGCCACAAAUCUGAUCCGCCCCCUCCAUUCCCACGAACCCACUCCCCGCCCCCCUCGUCUUGGCACGAGCGCGUCGGCACCAUCGCCCCGGAUCGGAGCAGGGGCGGCUCCGGCGCUGAUCUCCGCUCAGAUUCGGAUUUAGGGUUUUUGGGCGUGGUCGCGGUGGUGGGUUCGCUCGGCCGGUUUGGAAUGUCGGCGGCCGUGGCGUGCGCAGAGAGGGCGACGAGCGACAUGCUGAUCGGGCCCGACUGGGCCGUCAACAUCGAGCUCUGCGACAUCAUCAACAUGGAUCCCGGACAAGCAAAGGAUGCGCUUAAGCUCCUAAAGAAGCGCCUUGGGAAUAAGAAUUCAAAAGUGCAAAUUCUGGCCCUUUAUGUGCUAGAGACUCUAAGCAAAAAUUGCGGGGAUAUUGUUUACCAACAAAUCAUUGAGCGUGAUAUACUAAGUGAAAUGGUUAAGAUAGUAAAGAAAAAGGUGGCGAUACUAAUUGAAUGGUUAACUAUUGUUUUCCUAGAUUCAAGUCCCUCCGUUUUGAUCCUAUAUUUAUCUUUACAGCCAGACUUAAACGUUCGGGAGAAAAUAUUGAGUCUGAUUGACACAUGGCAAGUGGCUUUUGGAGGUCCUUCCGGGAGAUAUCCCCAGUACCACACUGCGUACCAAGAACUCAGGGCAGCUGGUGUCGAUUUUCCGCCUCGCGAGGAGAAUACAGUUCCACUGUUUACACCUCCUCAGACUCAACCUUUGAGGCAGCCACAUCUAUAUCCUCCAGGUCAAAGCUAUGAAGAUGUAGCUAUACAAGCUUCUCUCCAAUCUAGUACCCCUGCUGCACCUCCCCUGAGUCUAAGCGAGAUCCAGAGUGCUCGAGGAAUUGUGGAUGUGCUGGAUGAGAUGUUAAAUGCACUUGACCACAGACACCCAGAGGGUGUGAGGGAGGAGGUCAUUGUUGACCUUGUUGGGCAGUGUCGUUCUUAUCAUGCUCGUGUGAUGGAUCUUGUUAGCGAUACUGGCGAUGAGAGCCUUCUGUUUCAGGCUCUAGGACUAAAUGAUGAGUUGCAGCGUGUUCUUCAGCGUCAUGAUGACAUAGCAAAAGGAGUCCCUCCAAAUAUACCAGUGCCUGUUGCUGGUAACGUAAACCAAGGGACAGCCCCUCCUCGGCCUGCUGGUGCUUCAUUUGCCCCCCUUCUUAAUGUACACCAUGAGGACGAUGAACCAGAAGAUGAGUUCUCCGUGCUUUCCCGCAGGUCUGCAAGGGAUGGCGCAGCAGCACAGGGCAACAUGUCUUCUGUUCCAAGAAAUGAAAGGCCAUACCCAAGCCCACUUCUUCCUCCACCACCAUCGACAAAAAGGCCUGUUUACACAGAGGCAAGCAGUGUCGACUAUCUAAGUGGGGACUCCUAUAAGUCUGAAAAAGUACCAGAUGAUUUUGUCAACCCAACGGCCCCAGCCAAUAUGUCUGCACCAUCUCAUUCAAAAACAGAAACAGAUCAAGUGCCAAAUUAUGAUAGCAGGUCAGAAAAUGUGCCUGAUGAAUUCAUAAACCCAACUGCAGCACCCAGUUUUUCCAUGCCUUCUCGCCCUAUGAGUGAGCCAUCUGUGAAUAAGCUUGAGAGCCUUCCUGACGAUGACUUUAUAAACCCCACUGCGCUGCCUGGUUUUUCUUCGUCGUCAACUAGUGAAGAUCUUCCAAAAGCUCCAUGGGAAGCGCAAGCUCCAGUUUCCCUACCGCCUCCUCCUGCAAGGUAUGGCCAAAGACAGCAGUUCUUUGAGCAACAACAUGGCUUUCCUGGUGAGAACAAUGAAGGGGGCUACGAUGAGAUGCUGACGCGGACAGGAAGCCUUUCUCUUAAUCAAAGGAACACUGAGAAUGGGAAGAGCGCAUCAGUGUCGACCGCAUCCCGCCAGCCCAAACCUGAGGAUGCCCUUUUCAAGGAUCUUGUUGAUUUUGCCAAGAAGAAUCCAUCUUCUCCAUCUAAACCAGCCAACAGCCGCAGGACUCGCUGAGUGAUGAGUGUUUCAGUCAUGUAACACACAUAAUUGAGUUGCCAAGCUGCUGGUUUUGCUACAGGUUGGCGAAUUAGAUAUACCAUCAAAUAAGAGGGUUGGGUCGGUCUGUUCUUUAUUGCCUCGGGAAUUAUUUGGUUUGCGCAUUGGACAAUUAGAAUCACAGGUGUCAGAUACGUAGUCAUGAUACUGGGUGUGGUGUGUAGCGAGUUGCAUUUCUCACCUUUUUCUUGUGUGGUAUUGGUUAUCGAUUCUGGCUUUAUUUUACUUAGCUGUAUAUAUUUCUCCAUUUGACAGCAGUAUUCUACAUAGUUGAGUUUGCAAUUUGAUCUUGUAA